AAAUAUAUUAUCUCGAUUUUAUCUGUGACCAAUUCAUGUAAUAAAAAUGUGACUAUUUCAAAAUUGAUGUUAGAUGGUAUCACUUGAAAAUCCGUCAAAUUUUUUGGCAUGGUUGAAUUUUGCGAGGUCGAGUAAGAUACAACCGCUUUAUUGAAAAUAUUUAUUAUUAUGAAAAUGGAGUGGAAACCUGAAGAAGAAGGAUUAAGACAAAUUUUAACUCUGUUGAAGGAGUCCCAAUCGCCAGACACUGCAACUCAGAGAGCAGUUCAACAAAAAUUAGAGGAAUUGAAUAAAUAUCCAGAUUUUAACAAUUACCUCAUAUACGUCCUAACAAAACUGGUUUCGGAAGAAGAACCGACAAGGUCACUUAGCGGUUUAAUUUUGAAAAAUAAUGUAAAGUCACAUUACAAUAGUUUUUUACCGGAGGUCGCAGAGUUUAUUAAGCGAGAAUGCUUAUCUGCUAUCGGCGAUCCAUCACCAUUAAUUCGAGCUACUGUGGGAAUCAUCAUAACAACUAUUGCCAGUAAGGGAGAGAUUACAUCUUGGCCUGAACUCUUACCUUUAUUAUGUCAAAUGCUUGAUUCACAAGAUUACAAUGUUUGUGAGGGUGCUUUCGGAGCACUUCAGAAAAUAUGUGAAGAUACGGCUGAACUUCUAGAUAGUGAUGCACUAAACCGACCAUUAAAUGUCAUGAUACCUAAAUUCCUACAGUUUUUUAGACAUUCUUCUCCAAAAAUAAGAUGUCAUGCUAUUGCUUGUGUCAACUUCUUUAUUAUGAGUAGGACACAAGCACUUAUGUUGCAUAUUGAUGCCUUUAUUGAAAACCUCUUCUUUCUUGCAAGUGAUGAAGAUCCAGACGUACGGAAAAAUGUUUGCCAUGCUCUAGUUUUACUGUUGGAAGUUCGUUUGGAUAGACUUACACCUCAUCUGCCAAAUAUCAUUGAGUAUAUGCUGCUACGGACCCAAGAUGCGGAAGAGGCUGUUGCAUUGGAAGCAUGCGAAUUCUGGCUGUCACUAGCUGAUCAAAGCAUCUGUAGGGAGGUUCUAGGCCCUCGUCUGCCAGCGCUUUUGCCAGUUCUAGUCAGGGGUAUGCGUUACUCGGACAUGGAUGUAAUUCUGCUUCGCGGUGAUCGUGACGACGACGCAGACGAAGAAGAGCCAGACAGAGACGCGGAUAUACGGCCAAGAUUCCACAAACCUCGCUCACAUACCAUCAAACAUAAUGUUGGCGGAGGUGAUAGCAACAUGUCAGGUGGUGGGGAAUCGGAUGAUGAAGAUGAUGGUGGAGACACAGACAGCUCUCUCUCUGAUUGGAAUCUUCGGAAAUGCAGUGCCGCUGGUCUGGAUGUGUUAGCUAAUGUAUUUGGAGCAGACUUACUUCCCGUGUUGUUCCCAAUACUUAAGGAAACGCUCUUUCAUGAUGAUUGGGUUAUCAAGGAAAGCGGCAUUUUAGCUCUGGGUGCUGUGGCAGAUGGGUGUAUGGUGGGAAUGGUGCCACAUCUACCUGAUCUUGUGCCAUACCUUGUGUGCUGUUUGUCUGAGCGUAAGGCUCUCGUACGAUCUAUCACUUGCUGGACUCUAUCACGAUACUCCCAUUGGAUCGUAUCUCAAUCUCAUGAUCUAUAUCUACGGCCUGUUAUGACUGAGUUAUUGAAACGCGUGCUCGACAACAAUAAGCGCGUCCAAGAAGCAGCGUGUUCCGCAUUCGCGACCCUCGAAGAAGAGGCUUGUACUGAGCUCGUUCCAUAUCUGGGACACAUUCUGCAGACCCUGGUGUUUGCCUUUGGCAGAUAUCAGCACAAAAAUCUUCUAAUACUAUAUGAUGCUAUCGGCACCUUGGCUGAUUCUGUGGGACAUCACUUGAACAAGCCAGAAUAUAUAGGGUUGUUGAUGCCUCCGCUCAUUACAAAGUGGAAUGUUCUUAAGGAUGAAGACAAAGAUCUUUUUCCUUUACUUGAGUGUUUAUCAUCGGUUGCAACAGCUCUACAGUCAGGAUUCCUUCCAUAUUGUGAACCUGUAUUCAGAAGAUGUGUAUCUCUCAUUGAACAAACGUUAAAUCAGAACAUUGCAAACACACAGAGCCCGGAACAAUUCGACGCCCCGGAUAAAGACUUUAUGAUAGUUGCCCUUGACCUCUUAAGCGGGUUGGCUGAAGGCCUGGACGGUCACAUCAACCAUCUGGUGUUGAAUUCGAACCUGAUGCAGCUGCUUUACCAGUGCAUGCAGGACCCCAUGCCUGAGGUACAUCCUGUGCGCCAAUCAUCUUUCGCGUUGCUAGGGGACCUAACUAAGGCGUGUUUUCAACACGUGCACCCAUACAUUCCGGAGUUCUUGCCCAUACUAGGCAUGAAUUUAAACCCGGAAAUUAUAUCUGUGUGCAAUAACGCCACUUGGGCGAUUGGGGAAAUCAGUAUUAAGCUUGGUCCGGAAACAUCAAAAUAUAUUCCAUUAGUUUUGAAUCACUUGGUUGAUAUUAUUAAUCGACCCAACACACCUAAAACACUAUUAGAAAACACAGCGAUAACUAUCGGUCGGCUAGGUUAUGUGUGCCCCCACGACGUCGCACCCGUUUUACAACAAUUUGUACGCCAGUGGUGUACAUCGCUGCGGAAUAUCCGCGACAAUGAAGAGAAAGAUUCAGCAUUCCGAGGCAUUUGUCAAAUGAUACAAGUGAAUCCCGGGGGCGUGGUCGCGGACUUUAUGUUCUUCUGUGACGCGGUUGCCUCGUGGUCCCAUCCGAAAGAGGAUUUAAAAGAAAUGUUUACGAAGAUCCUUCACGGGUUCAAGAACCAAGUGGGAGAGGAGAACUGGCGCCAGUUUACCGAUCAGUUCCCUAUGCAACUGAGCGCGCGGCUUUCCGCCAUGUGCGGGAUAUAAGACUCUACGACUCGUUAAAUGGGGAACCAAUGUCAGCAGGGUCGGGGAGACAUUGCAUGGCCGGGAAAAGGCCGGGAGGGUGUGCCAACAAUUCUGUGACGCUUUAGUGCUCCUUACACGUGUAUUACGCGGCAUCCACUUAACUGACAGAAGUCUAUGACUCGAGGGGAAACGCACAUGGGAAACGGGGUGCUAGGCUUAGGAAACCACGUUGCAUGCUUACGUGGGCACAUAUAUUGCAGUCGUUCUGCCUCUAGUUUAGUACUUCACGGUUACAGAGCUGAAACUCCGACUAUCAAAACGAGGCAACGUUGUCAUACUACUUGGUUGUAGGUAGAAUUCGGCUCUUGAUUGCUAGUGAAUCGGAAUGUUAUAUUGCAUGAACUUAGUCAUUAGUGUACGUGUGACGUACUUUUCGAAUUGGUUUUUUAAUUUUUCAGUGGUUUCGGAGAACGUUUUCUAAAUGUCUACCUAAAUUUCGUAGUUGAUUUCCAAAAAUUUCAGCUUAGGUUAUGUACUCAUAAUGUGGUUUGUUUUUGACAGAAGCCUGUAAUCUGCUCAGCAUAGAUUUUGUGUUCACAUAGUAACUAACCCUUGUCUAUAUAAUUUAUAAAUAUUACAAAACUUGUGUUUUAUACGCAUUUAUCUGUUUCACAACUAGUUUUAUAUGUAUUCUAUAAAUAAAAUUGUACGUGUUUAAUAUAAAUUACAAAGACUUAGUGAAAUCGAGAAUUUAUGUCAACUGUGAUUUGUGACUGGUUUAUUUCGAGUAAUAUUUAAUUAUGUGUAUGUUUAUGUCUGUGACGCGUCGAUAUCGCUUUGAUAGUUUUUAAUGUGGGUAUCUGCUAUAUAAUACCAAAUAGUAUUUUUAAAUGGUUUAUUUUGUUUGUAUGUUUGUUGAUCGCACGACUAACAUUUUGAAACCUUAACCGAACACUGUAUAUCGCAUGUAACAGGUUUAUAGAUAGAGUUAAAAAUAAAAAAAUAGAUUUUGAUAAAGUUCCUACAACAUUUAGUCCAGUUAGUAAAAAAUGAAAUGCUCGUGUUAAGUUCUCGACAAGUUGUUGUGUGAUCAACUAUGAAUGAUUAACGUGUAUUUAAAUAAAUAGAUUUCAAUAUUAUGUAUAUGUAAAUAUAUUAUUUCGUUGUAUUUUAAUGUAAUAAUUAUAUGCAAUUAAAUUGUUACUUUUUAUAUUAAAAACUUAAAAGUCUGACUUUAACUACUUGUUAUGUCAUUUACGUACAGAUACUCAACGCCAGCAAACUUUUUUUUAUUGUUUGGUACAUAUGAAAUUAAUUUUAUAGUAAUUGAAAUUAACACUAACCAUGUUAGAACGGAAUUGACAAAUUUGACAAUUAUAGUGAAUAACACUAAAAGGAGGUUUGCUUAUUUGAGUUCUAGUGAUAAAUAGAUAACAUUUGCAAUAUUGUAUUAGUAGUUUUAGUUUGGAUCAUGAGCAUUAUUUCGGGGAUACAAUUUUAAACAUUCCUUGGGGCUUGAAUAGGGUGAUUUAGUUUUGAGUCAAAAAUGUACGUAAUACAAUAUUUCAUUUAACGAUUAACACAGCUACAAGUAGCGGCACGAAACUCUAGCGCUGACCGUUAUUGCGCAGAAGUAAAAAAUAAGGUACCUGAGGGGGGCUAGCGGAAUGAAGAGCGUCGAUUGGCUCUCCAGUCGCAUUUUGUCCCCCGCGCGCCAGUACACAUGCGCAGCAAUGCCCUCCACGUAUCGGCCAGCGCUAGACUUACGUGCCGCUGCCUAUAUGUUGUUUGAAAUAUUUGAUUAUGUAAAUCCCUGUCCCGAAAAUCCUGUGAAGUUCCUACCCCGAUUCCUUUCUAGUCCCACUCCCUGUGAUGUGCCAACGAAGCCAUAAUGUGCAAAGCGCUCACUUUACUUUCAAUUUUUAUAGUCUAGUCUCACGUUUCAACGUGACGUUCACAAAAGGCAGCCCGUUAUUAAAAUGUAAGAAUUCACUUCUCGGCGUCGCAUUAUUUUCUAAGGAUUUAAUUUACGCGAAACUACGGGUGUCUCAAUUUAUUUUUAAGAUUAUUAGAUAUUUUCACUGUAUAUUUUUAUUGUAGUAUUUUGUUCUGAAAGUGAUAAUAGCUUAAGUGACCGAUGCGUGAGUGAGCGGCGUUCGUAAGGCACCAUUCCUUUCCUCAAGAUUCAUUCUCAAAUAAUUAACAUUGCAAGUAUUUUGUUAAGAAAAUUAUUUUAAAGAUAUAAGAUACUAAUUCUAUUUCAACAUAAAUUAGAAAUAAAAUUUUUAUGUUGUUAAACAUAAUGUGUGAACAUUAAACACAAUUGUACAACUACCAGCACAGUUGACAUUAUCCCAUCUAGAAAAAUCUUUCAUAUUUAUCGGAAGCAGUAGUAUGAAUGAUUUUAUUUUUAAAUUUAAAGUUGCUUUAUCGCAUAAAUACUCAUCAAUUUGUAUCUAGAUCAUAUUUUAUAUUCGUUACCGUCGAGCCAAAUUAUAUGAAUCAUACUUUCGUAUCUAUUUUGAUAUCUAUAUUAUAUUUGUAAUGUUUAUAAUGUAUUUUCAUCAUUUUAUAUUUAUGUUUAACGAGUAAAUUACUGUCAUUAGUGUAUCCCGUUGGCAUGAUUUCAGUGUUGUAGAUGAACUGGGUAUAUUGCAAUGUUGUGUAAAUGAAGUGGGUACAGCGUGCUUUUAAUGUUGAACGAGUUCUUUUCUACCUCGAAUAAGGCCUAACGUACGUUUUACCAGCUAUCACAGGCAAAAUCAACGUUUGUAACCAAUAAUUUUAAUAAACGUAAUUGUAUCAUUUCGCUCAAAAGGAAAUCUCUUUCUAAGAGAGAAGUACGACCGUUUCUUUAUAUGACGCUUUUGUUUAGACAAAAAGAACCCAAAACUUUCAACCCAUCGUAAGAUUUCUGUGUGAAAUAUAUAAAUUUCCGUUUUGUAUUAAAGUCGUAUUUGUACUCACUGUUUGUCGGAAUUGUACAUACAUACCUAAUCAAGGCACGACGUGCGCUACACUUAAGUAUUUAGUACGUAAUGUAAGUUCUGGUUGUAUCAUUGACCUCACCGUGAAAUUCUUUUACCAUACAUUUCGUUAAUAAAGCACUCAUUGUUCA